AUGGACUUUAUCUCCCGACCUUCCACCGUUUGCCUUAUUUUGGCGACGUCGCUCUGGUUGGGGCGGGUGACUGGUGCGCCGUACGGGUACGAUCCCUAUGAUCUCGAUCCCGUCAAGAAAGAUAACUUCAAACAUCAGCACCAGCAAACGCAGCACGGAAGUGGAUUGGGACACUCGAAGGAGGUCGUGCAAUCAAAACAAGUGUACCUCCCAAGCAAAGAGUAUCAGGAGCAAUGUGACAGCAUUCCCCUUUCCAAAGAGGCGACCUGCUCGAUGCAAGUCCCUAAACGCACCAAGAAGCCGUGUGUCAAACAGGUCAACGAGACGGUGUGCAAGGCGGUUGCUGAGAAAGUUCAGUCGACGUGUUACCGGCCCAAGCAGGUCACAGAAGAGUACACGUGCCAUCGCCUCGACUCAAAGGAGGAAUGCGCAGUCCACCAGCACACGGUUCCGUCUCUGUGUACCCGCAAAGUCAUCAGCAAGAAGCCGUACACUCAGAUGGACACCGUCUAUGAGAAAGAAUGCGCACAAGUGCAGAAACACAAAAAGGGAACCUGCAAGCGGCAAGUGAUGAAAACGGAGCAGUACCCGUGCACGGACUUUCAAAUGAAGAAGCAGUGCUCCAAAGUCCCAAGAGUCGUGAACCGGCCAUGCACCAUUCAGACGACGCAGCAAGUGGCAGUCGACUGCACGCAGGAGGUCGACACCGUCCAGGAGAAGCAAUGUGCGAAGAAAAUUAAGGAGACAGUGAUGCAUACCGUGUGCGAGAAUGAACACUACGAAAAACCAAAGAAGCAGCUCUAUCACCAGAGCGGUAUCUACAGGCGCCUUGGUCCCGGAAAAAAGGGCUGCAGGCAGGUGCCUCAAGAGAUUGAACGAAUCGAAAUGGAGACGUGCACCGAGGUUGUGAAGAUGAAAGUUCCCAAAACUUGCUACGAGAGCCAAGAGGUCCCUGUUCAGUCCACGUGUCCUCAGACUGAGAUGGAGGAGGUGUGCUUCGAUGUGAAGGAACCGGUUCAAAAGAUGUGUACUCGCGAGGUUCCAACCACCGAAGACUAUGCCUGCGAUGAGGUGGUCUCUGAAGUCGAAUGCAAGAAAGUCCCUAAGCAGGUCAAAGGGGUUGCGUACAAAGAAUACGAGCAAAAAGAAUCGUACGCAUGCGAAGCAACAGAACAGAUCAAGAAGUGCAAGAUGAUUCCUGUCUUCCAGGCUUCAACGUGUGUUGCCGCCCUGAUGGAUGUGGAGCCGUACGAGUGCGCUGUUAGUGUGAUGAAGGAGAAGUGCGAACAAGUUCCUCGAACAAUCCCAAACACAUGCAUCGAGGAAGAAUGGGUCACCGAACAGUAUGAGUGCUACGAAGAAGGUGCGUUUGUCCGAGAGUAUAAAUUACCUAGGCACCGAAAGACGCUGCAAGAAAUUCCCUGUAUACGCGAAUAUGGGGGAGUGUACGACGACAGUUAA